GUUGUGUUAUGCUGUAGUGGAUGAGGUAGAGGGACUGGCUGACAAGUCUUCCAUGUUGUGUUAUGCUGUAGUGGACGAGGUAGAGGGACUGGCUGGCAUGUCUUCCAUGUUGUGUUAUGCUGUAGUGGAUGAGGUAGAGGGACUGGCUGGCAUGUCUUCCAUGUUGUAGUGGAUGAGGUAGAGGGACUGGCUGGCAGGUCUUCCGUGUUGUGUUAUGCUGUAGUGGAUGAGGUAGGGGGACUGGCUGGCAGGUCUUCCAUGUUGUGUUAUGCUGUAGUGGAUGAGGUAGGGGGACUGGCUGGCAGGUCUUCCAUGUUGUGUUAUGCUGUAGUGGAUGAGGUAGAGGGACUGGCUGACAAGUCUUCCAUGUUGUGUUAUGCUGUAGUGGAUGAGGUAGAGGGACUGGCUGACAGGUCUUCCAUGUGUUAUGCUGUAGUGGAUGAGGUAGAGGGACUGGCUGACAGGUCUUCCAUGUUGUGUUAUGCUGUAGUGGAUGAGGUAGAGGGACUGGCUGACAAGUCUUCCAUGUUGUGUUAUGCUGUAGUGGAUGAGGUAGAGGGACUGGCUGACAGGUCUUCCAUGUGUUAUGCUGUAGUGGACGAGGUAGAGGGACUGGCUGACAGGUCUUCCAUGUUGUGUUAUGCUGUAGUGGAUGAGGUAGAGGGACUGGCUGACAGGUCUUCCAUGUGUUAUGCUGUAGUGGAUGAGGUAGAGGGACUGGCUGACAGGUCUUCCAUGUUGUGUUAUGCUGUAGUGGAUGAGGUAGAGGGACUGGCUGACAAGUCUUCCAUGUUGUGUUAUGCUGUAGUGGAUGAGGUAGAGGGACUGGCUGACAGGUCUUCCAUGUUGUGUUAUGCUGUAGUGGAUGAGGUAGAGGGACUGGCUGACAGGUCUUCCAUGUGUUAUGCUGUAGUGGAUGAGGUAGAGGGACUGGCUGACAGGUCUUCCAUGUUGUGUUAUGCUGUAGUGGAUGAGGUAGAGGGACUGGCUGACAAGUCUUCCAUGUUGUGUUAUGCUGUAGUGGAUGAGGUAGAGGGACUGGCUGACAGGUCUUCCAUGUGUUAUGCUGUAGUGGAUGAGGUAGAGGGACUGGCUGACAGGUCUUCCAUGUUGUGUUAUGCUGUAGUGGAUGAGGUAGAGGGACUGGCUGACAAGUCUUCCAUGUUGUGUUAUGCUGUAGUGGAUGAGGUAGAGGGACUGGCUGGCAUGUCUUCCAUGUUGUGUUAUGCUGUAGUGGAUGAGGUAGAGGGACUGGCUGGCAGGUCUUCCGUGUUGUGUUAUGCUGUAGUGGAUGAGGUAGAGGGACUGGCUGACAGGUCUUCCAUGUUGUGUUAUGCUGUAGUGGACGAGGUAGAGGGACUGGCUGACAGGUCUUCCAUGUGUUAUGCUGUAGUGGACGAGGUAGAGGGACUGGCUGACAGGUCUUCCAUGUUGUGUUAUGCUGUAGUGGAUGAGGUAGAGGGACUGGCUGACAGGUCUUCCAUGUUGUGUUAUGCUGUAGUGGAUGAGGUAGAGGGACUGGCUGACAGGUCUUCCAUGUGUUAUGCUGUAGUGGAUGAGGUAGAGGGACUGGCUGACAGGUCUUCCAUGUUGUGUUAUGCUGUAGUGGAUGAGGUAGAGGGACUGGCUGACAAGUCUUCCAUGUUGUGUUAUGCUGUAGUGGAUGAGGUAGAGGGACUGGCUGACAGGUCUUCCAUGUGUUAUGCUGUAGUGGAUGAGGUAAAGGGACUGGCUGACAGGUCUUCCAUGUUGUGUUAUGCUGUAGUGGAUGAGGUAGAGGGACUGGCUGACAGGUCUUCCAUGUUGUGUUAUGCUGUAGUGGAUGAGGUAGAGGGACUGGCUGACAAGUCUUCCAUGUUGUGUUAUGCUGUAGUGGAUGAGGUAGAGGGACUGGCUGACAGGUCUUCCAUGUGUUAUGCUGUAGUGGACGAGGUAAAGGGACUGGCUGACAGGUCUUCCAUGUUGUGUUAUGCUGUAGUGGAUGAGGUAGAGGGACUGGCUGACAGGUCUUCCAUGUUGUGUUAUGCUGUAGUGGACGAGGUAGAGGGACUGGCUGACAGGUCUUCCAUGUUGUGUUAUGCUGUAGUGGAUGAGGUAGAGGGACUGGCUGACAGGUCUUCCAUGUUGUGUUAUGCUGUAGUGGAUGAGGUAGAGGGACUGGCUGGCAGGUCUUCCAUGUUGUGUUAUGCUGUAGUGGAUGAGGUAGAGGGACUGGCUGACAGGUCUUCCAUGUUGUGUUAUGCUGUAGUGGAUGAGGUAGAGGGACUGGCUGACAAGUCUUCCAUGUUGUGUUAUGCUGUAGUGGAUGAGGUAGAGGGACUGGCUGACAGGUCUUCCAUGUGUUAUGCUGUAGUGGACGAGGUAGAGGGACUGCCCAGGAGGAACGUCCCGCAAUUUUGCAGUCAUGUCUGGUUCUUCAGCUAUGAAUGUUGUUUUGCUGAUUGUCUUUCUUCCAUGACUCGUGUUUCCUUGGUAGCUUAGAAUACCACCUUGGUUUGGU